AUGAACAUAUUUAUUCCAAAGACACGACGACCAACUUUUGAACUCUAUUUAAAAAUCCAAGAUCUGUCAAAUAUUCCUUUGGUCACUGGGUUAGUCUUUACAAAAUGGAAUGUAGAUGGCGUUCAUACUCGUGAUUGCAGCGGGCAAACAAAAUGCGAGCCUGUUUUAGAGCACAAAGUAGUAUGGGUUUACGAUACAACGAUACUAGUUCGUUUUGUCAUUGAUCAGGCCAAUACCCUUCGUGAACGCUUUUUAAAUUUUCAAAUUUACAGUGAUUCUCACAGCAGUUCUGGAAUAGUGAGGCUUGGUAGUUUGAAGAUAAAUUUGGCAGAAUAUGUAGGGGUCGGGAUGGAUUCUCGCAAAUAUCUACUCGCUGACAGUAAAAUAAAUGCUACUCUUCGUAUCGGUAUUGGUUUAAAACAACUUUCAGGCGCCGACAACUUUCACGUCGCUAAAAAGCUGGGAAAGCCUCAAGUAUUUAGCGGUUUAACUGGCUUAUUGACUGAGGGAAAAGAACUAAAACGAAGGGACGACGAAGCAGCGAUUGCUCCCGGUCUUGCCUCCAAUUGGGCUGAAAAAAUGCUAACGUCUAUCAAAGACUUUAAUCAAAAGACCAGUAUGUUUCAUAUGCAUACAAAAAAUAAUAAAUACGACACAAAACAAAUCGUUGAUGAUAUCUUUUUUGGUGGAUCUGGUUGGGCCGAAAGGCCUGUGCUAGCGGAAAUUUCAGAUGGUACAACUGAUCCUAGUUUGGUUGCUUUGGAAAUUCGUCAAAGAUCAUGGGUACUUCCAAGUGAAAAAGAACAAGGUAAGCCUUUCCUUUAG